UUAGUAUUAUAACUGAUGCCUUUGUCCAAGGUGGCAUAGGAUAGGUUAAUACAACUGCUUAUGAUCAUAUUUUGAUUUUUAAAGUACAAUCAUGAGUCAAGCUGUGGAAUACAUAGAAAGCAUGAAACAAGUGGAGAGCAGUAAAGAAGUUGGUUAUGCUUUAUUGAUUUAUCAGUUAUUGUGUGCUUGUGUGCCUUUAGUUGUUCAGAUGCAAAUGUGUGUGAAUGGUGGCUUGAGAUUUGUUUUAUGUUGUGAACAUGACGCUCACUUUGUCAAGCUUGCUGUCCUGCUACAGCGAAUGACAAAGCUACGGAAAGAUGGAACAGAACUGGUCACUAACAUCCAGGUAGCUGCAGAUUUCAGGGAGACGCAGAGGAGAGCGCAGCAGAAAGAGGCGACUAGGCACAGGCUUGAGAAACUGGAGAUUCAAGCUAAUGGGAGCCUGGAGAAGUUUGAGGAGAUCUCUAAGGGGUGGGAUACAGCUAUGCAGAAGAAUUUUACCCGUGAGCUGCAGGAGGCGUUGGACAGCCAGCAGCAGCUGUGUACCCUCCUGCUGGAAGAUAAGGACAAGCUCAUAAAUGACCUGCAGCAGGAGCUGAAAACAAAUUAUGACCAGUACAAGAAAGAUUUAAAGAAGCAAGCACAAGAUGUAGAACUCCUGGUUGAGAAAAUGGAUGAGCAGAUUAAAAAUCUAAGCAAGUCCUACAGAAAGGAACUCGAUCUAAUUGAGACGGUGUUCGAUCAAGACCGCAAUGCCCUCCUGAGCAGCAACCGCAAGAAAUGGGAGCAGAUGGCGAAAGAGCGGUAUGACAAGGAGCUGCAGUACCUGCUUCAGAGGAUGAAGAAGGUCGAAGAGUAUGAGGUCCUGCUGCAGCAGUUAAGGAUCGAGGAUGCGGAGGAGUACAACAAAAUCAAGAUUAAGCUGGAUACUGAUGUACAGAUCCUGAAACAGGAGUUAAAGCAGCUGAAAGUGACCCUUCAGCAAAACCAGGAGAAGCUGGAAUACAACUUCCAGGUGCUGAAGAAACGAGAGGAGGAAAACACCAUCACCAAGUGUCAGCAGAAACGCAAAAUUAACAGACUACAGGAUAUCAAAAAUAACCUCAAGAUCAGAUGUGAAAAGCAGGGGAAGCAGUCUCGUGAGGAGUACAAGGCUUUGGGUGAUGACUACAAAAGAAUCAUGCAAGAGUACGAAGACAUGCAGAAGAAAAUGAGGCACUUUGUGACCACUGACGCCAGAACAUUUAAGGACAUCUGGCUGAUGAACGAAUCCGAGGUGAAGGAGCUGGUGGAGAGGGCCCUGCAGACCGAUCGGCUGGUGCACGAGCAGCAGUUGGCCAUGCCCUGGGUGCAACCGCCACUGCCCUUCCUGGAGGGUGACCCCACCAGGUUUCACGGAUAUUCCCAGCGUGCUUCUAGAAAGAAGCUCCUGAAAUCCACCAGGGAUGAUGCAGAGGCAGCUGCCUACUGGGAAGCCAUGGCCAACAUCAUCCCUGAAUCAAAGCUGCAGAUUUGGAGCGCUCUGGAGAUGGCCCUGGAAAAGUAUUACAUUGCUCUGAACGAUAGAUCCAAGCUGCUGGUGGAGACACAAAGUCUGCAGAAGCAGAACAUGGAGCUCAAGAUCCUGCUGCAGCAGUGCAUCAGUUCCAAGGGUUCACUCACCCCCCAGAAUUUACAAGUUUGAGCCUGAGAGCUGGGCACGGAGAGCAGUCCCAGCAAGAGGAGCAGCAACAGACCAGUGAGCACUGCAGCUCAUAGCACCACCCAGACAGGAUGACUAGAUAUGCUCUUAUUCAUACAUAACACUCAUCUCGGUCUAUUUACUACAUUAAUAUAAAUAAAAACAAAACAAAGGCAUUCAGGCAGCACUAGACACUAAUCCAUCACAGGGCACAGCAAAAUAAAAAUAAGCUGAGUUCACUUCUUUGCUUCUUCAGCUAACAUCAAAAUGUCCACUGAAGAUUUGGCCAAGAUUUGUUUUCUGAAACACAAUGUUUUUCUUCUCCACCUCAGUGAGUCUUUUUUUUGUGGAAAGAAAAUCAAAAAAGUUGAGUCACAACACCCUGUACAGUAAUUCAGUAUUUUUAUACCCCGAUCUGUGUGUCCUGUCUGGAUCUUUUAAUUAACAGCAUUUACUCACUAGGCUCAUGAAAAAGAUGAACAUUGCAAGAUGACAUUCCAUUUGUUCAUCAGUUUCUGUUUCAAGUUUUGAAAAGAGACACCGAAGGUGCUUUUUUGUUGAAAAAAAUUCUCAAGUCGUAUCAACACCAUUUACUUUGGGUGGUGCCAGACACACCAAGGUAUAGGCUGAACCUGAAUGUGUCAAUUCCUCCAGUUUGGUCCAAACAAAGUGUCCAAAUUUUUUAAUUAAUAUGUAGAUAAAUUCUCAGAUGUAGCAAGAUAAAAUGCUAAAUAUUCACAACAUACUUAAAAACCUAUUGAAAAAAUAAGUUUGCUUUGUAUUACAGGUUGUUGGCUAGUUAACACACAGAAUUUUCUUCAAUGUCAUUAAAAACAGUCCACAAGUCUUUGAGAAUGACUGAUGUUUUAUGGCUUACAAAACAUGUUAUGUGGCUGUGUACAUAUUUUCUGGGAAUGCAUCAAACAGAAUUGAAGAAUACACACAAGGUGCAGCUCACAAAUGUAAUCAAAAAUUAAACAGUUCAGUGUAAAGUUGAUAGUCACCUGUCAUGCAAUACUGUGCAAAGUAACAUUUUUCUAAAGAAAAAAAAACUUCUGCACAGCAAACUACAUUCUAGUUAAUACAUGCAAGUUCCACUUUUGGUAUUUUUCAGAAAUUCUUCCCAGAUGACAUUUUGAACACCAUUCACAGAAAUGUAGUUAUUCAAACCGAUGCUAUAUUCUGGUAGCUCAUAAAAACAAUUCAACAGAAAAAGAAGAGAAACAAUGGGUGUUUAGUUACUGAAACCUACAUAAAGCUUGUGGAAUAUUUCCAAUCACCAUUCAGGAAACUACUUACAUUCACA